AUUUCUCAAUACAGAAGUCAUUAAAAAGAAGGCAUUUUCCAAGGAGGAGUGCCAAAAGCAAUGUAAUAACGUUAUCAUUGAAAUAAGUGUAUAGCUACAUAAUGCGACCAUCUUGGAUGCACAAGUUUUUGUUUGCUUUUAAAAGUUAUUUUAAUGCCUUUUAUAUAAGUCAAACUUCAUGCUUGCCUCAGUGAAAACAUGCAAUUCCUAUUUAUGAUUGGAUUUCCUGAAACCUAUACACAGAGGCUCCUAAAAGCUAUCAAGUCAACAUUUCCUUAUUUCUUCACUUUCAUUUAAAAAAAAAGUCUUUUAAAAAGGAAAGAAAAAUACCAGAAUCUCCAUUCUGAUGUCGCCAUGCUGAGGCUUGGCAAGCCAAAAAUAUAAGGAUGAAAAGGCACCACCAAUUCGUGAGAGUCGGCUAGGCUUCUUCGUGCUAUUCCGGACAGUCAGGAGCCCUGGGUUCCAGCCAGGUGAUCGGGUCGCUUAGCGGCUCCUAUCUCCUCAGCUGCUUGCUCCGCUUCUCCGGGUUUCCAGUUCUCCAUCGUAAAUGUGCUCCCUGGCGCAGCCUCCCCUGACAGUCAGACAUCCACCAAUCCAUUAGAUGCUGGAGGUUUUCUGGAGACACUGUUUCCCUAAUGAGGACUGCUUUGUACAGUCACUGAUAGCAGCUCUAGAAAGUGUAACAGCUUUUUUAUGUCAAAAGCUGUUCCUCGCGCUCCGGCUCUCGGGGAGCCACCUUCCAGACCUGUCUACCCGGGAGCCCCCAUCCCCGCGCACUUCCCAGACUUCUCCUGAGACCCGAGAGCGCUGGUUUUCCCCCACUCGCGAUAGUCCGGGGAUGACAGUGCGGGCCCCCUCACUCGCAGCUCCCACCACCUGGCGGCCAAGGGUUCGCGGCCCGGGCGGGCGGUGUCAGCGCCCUUUGGAGCUGGGCGGGGAGGGCGGAGCGGGCAUGGUGGGGUGUCGGGGGCCGCAGGCGUAGCGCUCUCGCCCUGGCCAUGGAGCAGCCGGCGCCCGGCGAGGUGCUCAUGAGCCAAGCCAUCCAGCCGGCGCACGCCACUGCGCGCGGCGAGCUGAGCGCGGGGCAGCUGCUCAAGUGGAUCGACACCACCGCCUGCCUGGCGGCUGAGAAACAUGCUGGAGUUUCCUGCGUUACAGCCUCAGUGGAUGACAUACAGUUUGAGGAGACAGCUAGAGUUGGACAAGUUAUAACCAUCAAAGCAAAAGUUACUAGAGCAUUCAGCACAAGCAUGGAGAUCGGUAUCAAGGUCAUGGUACAGGAUAUGCUCACUGGCAUUGAGAAGCUUGUUAGUGUGGCUUUCUCCACAUUUGUAGCCAAACCAGUUGGAAAAGAAAAGAUUCAUUUAAAACCAGUCACACUUCUAACUGAACAAGAUCAUGUGGAACAUAAUCUGGCUGCUGAGAGAAGGAAAGUUCGAUUACAACAUGAAGAUACCUUUAACAAUUUAAUGAAGGAAAGUAGCAAGUUUGAUGAUCUCAUUUUUGAUGAAGAGGAAGGAGCGGUUUCCACAAGGGGCACCUCCGUUCAGAGCAUUGAACUGGUCCUCCCACCCCAUGCAAACCAUCACGGAAAUACAUUUGGUGGCCAGAUUAUGGCUUGGAUGGAGACAGUGGCUACUAUUUCUGCAAGCCGCCUGUGUUGGUCUCAUCCCUUUCUGAAGUCCGUAGAUAUGUUUAAGUUCCGGGGACCAUCUACAGUUGGAGAUCGUCUUGUCUUCACUGCCAUUGUCAACAAUACAUUUCAGACCUGUGUUGAAGUUGGAGUUCGCGUGGAGGCCUUUGACUGUCAGGAAUGGGCCGAGGGCCGAGGGCGUCACAUCAACAGUGCUUUUCUCAUUUACAAUGCUGCUGAUGAUAAGGAAAAUCUCAUCACGUUUCCCAGAAUCCAACCCAUUUCAAAGGAUGAUUUUAGACGCUAUCGGGGAGCUAUUGCACGCAAGAGAAUUCGCCUAGGCAGAAAAUAUGUUAUUUCCCACAAAGAAGAGGUUCCACUUUGCAUACACUGGGAUAUCAGCAAGCAGGCAUCCCUGAGUGACAGCAAUGUGGAGGCCCUCAAAAAACUGGCAGCCAAAAGGGGUUGGGAGGUUACCAGCACUGUGGAAAAGAUAAAAAUAUAUACUCUGGAAGAGCAUGAUGUUUUAUCUGUUUGGGUUGAAAAGCACGUGGGAAGUCCAGCACAUUUGGCUUAUCGUCUCUUGUCUGACUUUACAAAGCGACCUUUGUGGGACCCCCAUUUUGUGUCCUGUGAAGUCAUAGACUGGGUGAGUGAAGAUGAUCAGCUGUAUCACAUCACCUGUCCUAUACUGAAUGAUGAGAAACCCAAAGACUUGGUAGUACUCGUAUCACGAAGAAAACCUCUCAAAGAUGGUAACACUUACACAGUGGCAGUGAAGUCGGUCAUUUUGCCAUCGGUUCCCCCGUCUCCACAGUACAUCAGAAGUGAAAUCAUAUGUGCUGGAUUUCUCAUCCAUGCUAUUGACAGCAAUUCAUGCAUCGUAUCUUACUUUAACCAUAUGUCUGCUAGCAUCCUUCCUUACUUUGCUGGAAAUCUUGGUGGCUGGUCGAAAUCCAUUGAAGAAACAGCAGCCUCUUGUAUACAGUUCUUAGAGAAUCCUCCUGAUGAUGGGUUUAGCACUAAAUUGUACCUACCCACUGCUUCUUGCACCUGGCCUUGAGAAGUAGGAAAAAGAAAUGAGAUAUGAUGGAAGGCACUUGUUCGAGAGCUAUUGCACAGAAGCCUGGAUCUUAACAAUGCUUAGACAGUCAAGAGUCUGUGAACCCUUGGACCUGUAAACAAAAGAUGUAAGCAGAUGCACUUUCCUGAAUAGCAUGUCAGAUUCUCAAACAGUCAAUGGCCCAAAAACAGAUUAGAAACUACUGUUCUACUGUACAGAUCAGAUGGGGGUAAGCAUUUGUGAAAGAAAUAAAGUUAAUUUUUGUUUCAGUGCCUUCCACUGGCCAGGCACCCUAACCCUAUAAAAAUGCCCACCUGCCUACUUUAAACAACAUUCCAGGAUUGUGAAUUACAACACAUGUGGUUUCUAAAAUAAGUGUUUCACUUAAUGAUCAAACACUAUUGCUUAAUGGUCAAGCAUUAUCUUGAUCAUGCUCAAAAUGUUAAGUGACUUAGAAAGACCUAAUCAGAUACAAAUCUGGCUGCAUUUUCUUUUUUUUCCCCCAAAUCUUGACUUUAUUUUUAACAUAAAAAAUGCAAAUGUGGAAACCGACCCUACUUUUCCCCCAACAUAAUGCUUUACCUCUUAAAAAUAAAGUACUAAUUCUAUAUACAUCAAAUGUA